GUUGGCAGGCAAGUAGGUUGGCUCGCUGCCACCAGUGGCGCUGCCAUCGCUAGACGUGAGUGUAAACACAGUGGUGGAAACAUGGACUCCACCUCCAACAGUGUGACAGCUCCGGGAAAUCACUCUCAUUCCUCCCCUAUAGACAGUGUUAAUAACAAUACGAUGCAAAAUGGGAUUGCCACGCCCCCGGGUGACUCAGAAGAAACAGACGAAGUUGAAAGUGUAAAUAGCAGUGUAGGAAACAGAACUUCAGUGAACGGUGGAGUGGCACUCGGUAGUGUUGGCAAUGUUACGAGCUCAUCAGCUGACCGUGAUAGAAACGUAAAUAAUGACGUUGAUGCCAAACCAGACCCCGAGGACGAUAAAGAGCUAGAGGAACUUGCCAAACUCAGGUGUCAGAGCGUGGCAACCGAAGUGGUGGCGGAAAGAUAUAAGCGAAGAUGUUCAGAUUAUCCGGGUUUUGCGUUCGGCUCCUCCAUUUUCAGUUCGAAUACGAUGAUGAAGUUCAGCAUUAUAAAGAACGAGCUGCACAACAUCAUGAAUGUGCAAUUGAAAAGGGCUGAGGGCGAGGUGGCCGCUCUGAACCGCCGCAUCCAGCUGCUCGAGGAGGACCUGGAGCGCUCUGAGGAGCGCCUCAACACCGCCACCACCAAGCUGGCCGAGGCCUCCCAGGCCGCCGACGAGUCCGAGCGAGCCCGCAAAUGCCUGGAGAACCGAGCCAACAUGGAGGACGACCGAGUGGGCAUCCUGGAGGCCCAGCUCGCGCAGGCAAAGCACAUUGCCGAGGAGGCUGACAAGAAGUACGAAGAGCUGGCCCGUAAGUCCGUCAUGCUGGAAAACGACCUGGAGAGGGCCGAGGAGAGGGCAGAAGCGGCCGAAGGAAAGAUCGUCGAGCUUGAGGAAGAGCUGCGUGUCGUUGGCAACAACUUGAAGUCCCUUGAGGUGUCUGAGGAGAAGUCUGCGCAAAGAGAAGACAAGAUGGACACACAGCUGAGAAGUAUCACACAAAGUUUGAGAGAGGCUGAGGCCCGUGCUGAGUUCGCCGAGAGGUCUGUGCAGAAGCUCCAGAAGGAGGUCGACAGGCUUGAAGACGAUCUAGUAGCUGAGAAAGAUAAGAAUAGGCUGCUCCAGGCAGACAUGGAAGCCACCCUACAGGACAUCCAGAAUAUGUAGACAUAAUAAGCCCAGGACACAUUGGAAGAAGCAGAAAGUCACAGACGAACUUGUCAUUCAGAAGGAGAAGUACAAGUCCAUUACCGACGAACUGGACCAGACCUUCACCGAAAUGUCUGGCUAUUGAGCUCUCCACCCCUGACGACUACUAAACUACUACCACUACUACUACCACCACCACCACCACUUCUAUUAUUCUACUACUAGCUCUUAACUUUCCCGAACUUCUCCAUGACCACCACCUACUACUACUACUACUACCACCACCACCAUCAUAAUAGCUGCUCUAUCCCCUUUUCUGUUUUGUACUUCCCUUCCGCCCCGACAUCCCGCCGCUAGUCGGGUAGUCGGCAAGAGGGAGGAGGAGAAGGAGAAGGAGGAGGACGCCUACGUCAGCGUCGAGGCCGACACGUGCACUUCCCCUUCUUUCCUUCCUUCCCCCUUCCCCACCCCCCACCAUCCCCACCCCUACUCGACUGCCGUCCCCCCUUCUACCCCUCCACGACCCCUGACGGCCGGCAGACUUGAGAGGAGACCCCACAACGCGUCAUGGUGCAGCCACGGGACCUCAUCAGGAACGCAGGCUCGCACGGCACGGGAGGAGGAGGAGCAACCGUAGUAGGAGCUAACAUCGCACCUCCUCUGUGCCGAUGCAGUGGCGCUCCUGGUGUGGCUUCUGGCGUUUCGGAUAUAUUUAUAGUAUACUCUCUCUCUCCCUCCGGCCUCCAGGUGCGCCUUCCGUCAAAAGCAGGGUCCUGGCAGGGCUAGAAGGCGGGCAUAGUCUCGGUGCAGGGGCCCAGCCGCACCUUUCCCCUUUCUCCCUCUCCUUCCACCAGUCCGCUGUGUCGGAGGCCUGGCUGCCUCUUGCUAUGAUACUGCCAUCUACCGGUCUUUUAUGGAACUUGUUUGCUUAUUGUUGUAACGGCUUGGAAAAAAGUAACUUUGUACAGCUGUUCAGCAAGUAGGCUCUCACUUUGUGGAUAACAUGUACAAUUAGUAUAAAUUUUUUUAUUUGAUUCGAUGCUAAUGUAAAUACUGAGAAAGUGGGUAGGUGUGUUAACUUUGUGUCCGGAGAGAGUGAACCUGUGGGUGGAAUCGUCCCUUUCUCUCCCAGUUAGACCACGAGUAGCGAGCUCUUGGCUACUACUAGGACGUCGUCGUCCUUGGUCAUGGAUUGCUAGUAGAUUGUGUUAACACGCGGCGGCGGCGGCGGCUUCGGCGCCCAACUCUCCUCAACAACUUCUCUUCUCACCUCAGUCGCCUUCAGCUUCUGGGAACUAACUCUUUUUUUUUUGGCCGUGUUAAUUGACCUGUGUUUGUUAAUCUCUACUUUGCAGACGAACUGGUUAACGAAAAGGAGAAGUACAAGUCCAUUACCGACGAGCUGGACCAGACUUUCAGCGAACUGUCUGGCUACUAAACACUCUCUGCUCCAAACUGUUCUGCCAUCUCUCUUCCUAUGCCCUCAGCUGGCCUGUAACCUAUUUUUCAUAAGCUUAUGUCAUUCAGUUUAUAAGAAUCUUUUUACUUUUCCUUCUUUUUAUGUGUUGCAUUUGACCUUCGAUUGAGUCAAUAUCAUCACUAAAUCAUUCGAUAACGUUGGUGAAGUCUGCCAUAUAGGUAAUUUUAAUGUUAUUAAAAGGUAAUCUUUAUUCAGGAACCUAGAUUUUGAAGUUCAUUUCAAAAGGACAGGUUUCAUGUAUUCUAUGGCUUAAUAACAUAAAGAAAUAAAUAUUUAUUAUCAAAUGAAUUUGUUUUGUUGUUUACGCUGUUAUCCCGACACGACCAUGACCAACGAUGAAGCGAGUGGCAGUAAGAUGAGCCUAGGACCACUGCUGCUGCCACCGUCAGCCGGUGGACUGCCUGUAAAAUAUCUCACCCAUCUGUUACAGAUGAACUUGUUAAUGAAAAAGAAAAAUAUAAGAACAUUGCGGAUGAGAUGGACCAGGCGUUCUCAGAAUUAUCAGGAUUCUAAAUGUGGCACACUGGUGGGCGCUAACACGGUGCUUGGACGGGCGUCCGUGUCCGCGGAUGUGUGGGCGGAGGCCAUUACUCCGUCCACACCCGCAGCACGAUCACGCCCCUGCGGACUGACUUGACUGACGGCCGAGACGCGCCCCACACCAACACCAUCACCACCACCACCUCCAAUCAUCACCGCCUGGCCCGCCACGCUAACGUCCGCCGUGUAAUGGCCGAGUCCCGGGGCUCCGGAGGUCCAGGGCGGCCCUCGACGGCAGCUCCGUGGGGCUGCUCUCGCGCGCCGCGCUCGAACUCCGGGAUCCAAAGGGCGCUGAGCCUCACCAAGGCUCCCCCGUUCUCUCGCGGAGCGGGGCGCCUGCUGGGGUUCCUCGCCCUGGGAGUCGGCCCACGUCUCUCUUGCUCUGUUGCCGUAUGUAAGGGUGUGCAUAGGUUCACCUUCUUCAACUCGAGUUGCAAUCAGUCCUUUUAUGCGUCAUGCAUUUACAAUAUAUGAAUUAUCAAUAAUAUAUAAGUUAAUAAUAUUAUUCAACUUUUAAAUCUGGAUCUUAUACUUACAGAAUGAUUGUACACUGUUUGUUUAACGUGUAAUAAAUUUUGUAAACAAAA